UUAGUCUUUUGACCAUCAUCACCUAUAUGAAACAUGCUACCAAUUAGGCUCACCACACUCCAAACCCCAAACAAAAAACCCAAAAAAAGGCAAAGUAUUGAUGGGGGAGAAAAGAGGUAGUAUUUGUUUCUUCGCAACCUAUCGACCACCCGUAGCACUCGACUUAUACUCACUACCAUAUCCAUCCACACACCCUCAAACCGAACUUUGUUUAUCAGAUGGACAAUUCUACAACUACAAUGGUCAAAUCAUACCUAUUCCAUCCCUCAAAAAAAUGUUGUUGCACCCGAAAUUCGUUCUCGAAUCGGGUGCAACGAUAGACGAUGUAUUGUCCAGUCGUCUAUCUAAAGGCCUUGUGUUCGUGUCUGAACGAACACAAGGUCUUGAAACACUACAUAUUGGGCUUCAUUUUAGUGAUAAGACUGUUAAAGUUUUGAGUUUCGCUGAUGUUUAUGGUACUUUCGAUGGUGCACGACUUGAAGAUAAUGGAUGUUUUGCUGGUGAUUAUAUAGUUUAUGUGUCUACUAAGGAUGAUCCUGGGCAGCCUCAUCAGCCUUGGACUGCUGUUUUUCGAACUCAUCUUUCGACCGGCGAAACCGAACGCCUUACACCACCAGGUCAAGCUGAUUUGAACCCUUCAGUAUCUCCUGACGGAACAAAACUAGCCGUUGCAUCUUUUGAGGGCAAAGAUGGUGGUUGGUGUGGGGAGAUUGAAGACCUCCAAACUAACAUAAUUGUGAUCAACUUAGACGAUCCAUCAGAGCGAAAAAUGGUUGUUCGAGAUGGUGGUUGGCCAACAUGGGGGAGCAACGACACCUUAUUUUUCCAUCGCAACAUCGAAAAGGUUAAAAUGGCAAAACGUUGGGGUGUUUUUAAAGUAAACAUUUCUGAGGGAUCGAAAUCUGAGACUCGAAUCACACCAGAAAAUAUUAAUGCAAUAACACCGGCUGCCAUCGAUGCAAACACGGUGGUUGUUGCGACUAUUCGUCAACCGUCGAAAUUUGGCGACAAUCGAGAAGAAGCACAAUAUCGACAUAUUGAAGUUUUUGAGGCUUCCGCAAAUUCAAAUGAGCCGAAGGACGCCAAACAAAAACUUACGCAAACGGUCCGACCUUUAGCGGACCAUUUUAAUCCAUUUGUAAUAGUGGAUGAAAAUGGACUAAAGCACAUAGGUUAUCACCGUUGCAAGGUCACGGACAAUAUUGACGAGUAUGCGGUUGUGGAGACACAAUUCGUAAAAAUAAAAUCUCCAGAUGAAGAAAUAGGAGUAUUCAGAGCGUCAGGAGUAUUUCCAACCUUUUCCCCAGAUGGAUCCAAACUUGCAUUUGUCGAUAACGAGUUCAAAGCCGUGUGGGUCGCAGACAAGGAAGGUUUGCGUAGGGUUCAUGAGAUGGAAGACUCAAACAGCGUAUUCGCGCCGGUUUGGAAUCAAAAUCCAGAAAAAGAUGUGUUGUAUAUAAGCAAGGGACCAUCAUUUAGUAAAAAUGAACAAGUUCAUAUAUGUGCCAUCCCAAUUGCUGCGCAUGGUAACCAGCGACGCAAACAGCUCACUAAACGCUUCAAUAAUGCUUUUCCAUCCACAAAUCCCCAAGGAACAAAGCUAGUAUUUCGAUCAACAAGAGAAGGAAAUAAAAAUCUAUACAUAAUGGAAGAUGCAGAAGUAGGUGAGUUUGGGGGAGGAGAAAUAACUCGUCUUACAAAUGGUGAAUGGACAGACACACAUUGUCAAUGGUCGUCUACAGGAGAUUGGAUUGUUUUCGCAUCAAACCGUGCAAAUCCAACGGCAGCCCAGAAAGAAGACUUACCUGAUCCUGGCUACUUCGGCAUAUACCUGGUAAAAGCCAACAAUCCUGAUGCAUGGCUAAAAGUUAUCGACAGUGGAUAUGACACGACACAACUAGGACGAGGAGACUUAUUUGCAGGGCAUGUGAGUCAUCCAUACUUUAGUCCUGACGGAAAGAGUAUAGUUAUUGCUGGAGAUCUCGCAGCAGUGUCUUGUGAUCCAAUCUCUUUGCCUCUCUUUGUGCACUCUGUUAGACCAUACGGAGAUAUAUUCAUCGUCGAUCUCGACACUAACAAGUUCGAAAAGAAUGAGAAUUUGAAGUUCAAACGACUUACACAUGGUAGAUAUGAGAAUUCUACUGCUGUUUGGACCAAGUUUUCAACUGAUAAUACAACUGCAAAAUGGAAUUUGUUCUUGGAUAAACCAACAAGUGGUUCUUGCCCUUAUAUAGAUCCUACUAAAGGUGAAAGUUUUCUUGUCACCGGUCAUCUUUGCAUUGCAAGAAGAUGUUGUUAAUUUAGUUAUAUAUAUAUAUUAAUCUAUUCGUUGAGAAAUUUUCUCCACCAAAAAUUUAAGCUUAUAGCCUAAAAAUUUUGUCAUGGUAUUAAAAGAAAUGGCUAUUAAUUAAUUGAGCUUUUUAAAUAUUUGUAUUUAUGAUUAUAUCGUAUUGAUUUUUUUAGUAUCUUCCAUAUAUGAUGGAAGGGGAUACUUGUGUUUGUAAGGUGGUGAUUUUUAUAGUAAUAUGAUACAUUUAUUAUGUUU